AUGUUCGUGCAGGAGGAGAAGAUCUUUGCGGGCAAGGUGCUGCGGCUGCACGUCUGCGCGCCCGACGGCGCCGAGUGGCUGGAGGAGGCGACCGAGGGCACCUCGGUGGAGAAGCUCAAGGAGCGCUGCCUGAAGCACUGUGCGCCUGGGAGCUCAGAAGACCCCAAGAGUGUGACCCAUCACAAAUUAAUACACGCUGCGUCUGAGAGGGUGCUGAGUGAUGCCAAGACACUCCUGGAGGAGCAUGUCCAGGACGAGGAUGUCAUACUGUUGAUCAGAAAGCGUGCUCCGGCCCCCCUCCCCAAGAUGGCUGAAGUCUCCGCAGAAGAAAAGAAGAAACAAGAGCAGAAAGCCCCGGACAGAGAUGCUAUCUUCCGAGCCACCGCCAGCCUGCCCUCCCACAACAUGGAUCGGGCCGUGGUGCAGACCAGUGCGAGGGACUUCCAGACGGAGCUCCGGAGAAUUCUGGUGUCUCUCAUCGAGGUGGCUCAGAAGUUGCUGGCGCUGAAUCCGGAUGCCGUGGAAUUAUUUAAGAAGGCAAACGCCAUGCUGGACGAGGAUGAGGACGAGCGUGUGGACGAGGCGGCCCUGCGGCAGCUCACGGAGAUGGGCUUCCCGGAGACCAGGGCGGCCAAGGCCCUGCGGCUGAACCACAUGUCGGUGCCCCAGGCCAUGGAGUGGCUCAUCGAGCACGCGGAGGACCCCACCAUCGACACACCGCUCCCAGGCCCAGCCUCGCAGGGAGAGGCAGGCGCCGAGGCCACCCCUGCUGCUGGGACCAGUGAGGAGGAGGAGGCCAGAGAUGAGCUGACGGAGAUCUUCAAGAAGAUCCGGAGGAAAAGGGAGUUCCGUCCGGACGCCCGGGCUGUCAUUUCCCUGAUGGAGAUGGGCUUUGACGAGAAGGAAGUGAUCGACGCCCUCAGAGUGAACAACAACCAGCAGAAUGCUGCCUGCGAAUGGCUGCUGGGCGACCGCAAGCCCUCUCCCGAGGAGCUGGACAAGGGCAUCGACCCCGAGAGCCCCCUGUUUCAGGCCAUCCUGGACAAUCCUGUGGUGCAGCUGGGCCUGACCAACCCGAAAACCUUACUAGCGUUUGAAGACAUGCUCGAGAACCCGCUGAACAGCACCCAGUGGAUGAACGACCCAGAGACGGGCCCGGUCAUGCUGCAGAUCUCCAGAAUCUUCCAGACCCUGAACCGCGCGUAG